CGGCGCGGAGACCGCACCCCGGCCCUGCCCGCCCCGCGCUUUCCGAGCUCAGAGGGAGUUCGCUGCGUGAACCGGUGAAAGACCCAACGAAUGGAUGACCCUCUUGCCGGGAUGGGGGUCCCGCGUCCCCCCGGAGCUACGAAUCGCGCGCACUCCCCCCGCAGCCUGGGGCGCGCCGCGUCUUUUCCGCGCGAGGUGAGGCGCAGGGCUCCCCUGGCCCCGGGCGCCCCGAAAACCACGGCGGCGCGGACGAACGGAAGCCGGGGCGGCGCCCGGCAGGACCGCCGGGCCGGAGAGAACCUGGACUGUGAGUCCUGGGUCAGAGAGAAAGUGCUCUUUCUUCUGCACCCGGAGAGGUGGAUGGGGACUCGAGAGGACGCUGCGCGGGAGGAGGUGGCCGGUGGGGAGGACCUUUUCCGGGAGGGCGGAGACGACCGGGAACCCGACUGCGCUUCUCGUCUCUUUCCACGAAAAAAGAGAAUUUCUGGCAGACGUGUAGACGUAGAUGCUCCCUCUGGAGCCCUGCCGCGGGACCCCGCAGCCCCACCCAAAUCCGUGCUCGUGCGGGUCAUGGAUUAUCAGGUGACACAAGAAGUCCUGCAGACCGAGUGGACGAAGGGCUGCAUGACCACACGGACCGAGGAGUGCUGCAUGACCGCCGUCACUUUCCGCACCAACAGGGAGUGAGGCAGAUUGUGGGGCGCCAGGACCCCUCGAGAUCGCGGGGCUCUCGUGGCACACAGAGAGGCACCCCGUGUCCGCGCCGCGGAAAGAGGAUCGUUUUCCGGUCCCCAAGGACCUGAUUCCCGAGGAGAUUAAACAGGAAAGAGGAGCCCGAGGAAUGUUCCGGGCUGGUGAAUGAGCGAUAAUCCUUAAGAAAAGAAAAUGCUCUUCCAGGACUCCAACCUGUAAUUAACCAACAGCGAGAAUCUUUUUAAGAGGCUGGCGCAGCGCUUCGGCGAGGCAGAUGAUGGCACCCAAUACGUGUUGAAGAACUGUAAGCAACGUAGUACCUCCUUUGUGGCUUAAAUACCGUGACAAUAUGUGGACCUAAGUCAUUCAGAACAGAGGAAGAAAAGGUAUUUUCAAAUUGGCAGAAUAUGAGAGUUUUGAAAUAAGAAAAUCUGUUAAUACUCAAUUUGUAAGCCUCAAUUGAUCUUUCUGCCUCCCACCUUUCUGUUUAAGACCUCAAAGCAGAAGUGAAGUAGAGAUGUGUUCUCUGCGAAGGGGGUGGGAGUAAAUGGAGAGAGAGGCUUGAAAAAGAAAGUAAAAAGAAAUGGGAAAAUUAAAAACAAAGCAGCGAGUAAACAAAAUCUUUCCUUUUUGCUCUCUUUUCACGUGCACAUUUUUCUUUCUUUUUUUCACAUUUAAGUGUUAGGAAGAAAAGAAAGGAGCUAGGAAAAGAAGGGGAGGAGAACAGAAGACAGCUUUGAAGUUUAGAGCUUGAAAUGGCCUCAAAUAUCAUCUGAUCCACCUCUUGCCUCCUGACAGACAGGAUAGGUUUCCUGAUCUGAGCAGAACCUGGUCGUGUGAGGAGCCUGUGGAAUCUUUUCCUGUUCACAGUGUUCUGGGAGUGAAUCCAGAGGAAACGGGGGCAACCUCAACACUAAGAAAUCUCUGAGAAUAGCUGGGUCUUGGCUGUGUGGUCUCACUUCCACCUCAUGGAGAAAUGUGAUCAUGUAAAAUUGUCUUAGGUGGAUGAAACACAGCAAGGAUUUCCAGAAGCCACCUGGCCACUGUGGGGGAUCAGAAUUGGCCACCUCAAAAUGUGUCUCUUUGGCUUGAUUUAUUUUUUUUGGUAAGGAAAAUUAGCCCUGAGCUAACAUCCAUUGCCAGUCCUCCUCUUUUUGCUGAGGAAGAUUGGCCAUGGGCUAACAUCCAUACCCAUCUUCCUCUACUUUGUAUGUGGGAUGCUGCCACAGCAUGGCUUGAUAAGCAGUGCAUAGGUCUGCCACCGAAGUGCUGGGCCGGUCCGUGCUUGAUUAUUUUUAAGAACAAAAGACUCUGAAGAAAACUUUGACCUCCCCCCACCAGCUGCCUAAAAGAAUUUAAAAUAGAAGAGCCUGUUCCAGGAAGGAGCUAAUGCCAUAAGAGAACUGUAAUGUAAUGUAAAGUGUGUCUCUCAGGUCACAUUGUCUUAUAGUUGGCCCAUUUACAUAUCCAUCUCCGUGUAAAUUGCCUUCCUCCCCCUUGAAGUUGCAAACCACUAGCCCCAACACCUUCCUUUGUCUUUAGCUGAAGAUGCUAUUUAAGCUGGCAGCUCAGCCAUUUUGGUGAGUUGCUCAGUUUUCCUGAGUUUCUCCCGUGUAUACAUGUUAUAAAGCUUUGUUUGAUUUUCUCCUGUUAUUCUCUCUCACGUCAAUUUAAUUCAUAGCCCAGUCAAAAGGACCUAUAAUGGGUAGAGGGUAUGUCUUCCUCCCCUACACCACUCAAGUGAUCAUAAGACAAAUAUCACAGUCACAUAACCACUGCCGAUGCAAAAUAACCAAUAACCAUUCUAUAGAUAAGAGAAAUAAGGUGAAUUUACUUGAGCAGGAGUGAGGAUUAUAACCCGGGAAGGCCUUAGAAAGCGUUCCGGAGAAGCAUGGUUUACAGUCCAGCCUUAUAUCUUUUUAGAGCAAAGAAUAUACAUUAAACACACCCAGGAUACAUUUUCAUCAAAGUUUCAAACAGGUAUUCAAUUGCAAAUUAACAGGUCAAUGUGACCAUGAUGUCAGGAAAGGGACUAACCUGGGCGUUACCAAUAGGGUGUUGGGUGUUACCAACAGGGUGUAGGAGGGGAAGUGUGCAUUCUUAGCUUCAGAGAGUGUAUUCUUUACUUUAAGCAGAUGUACAAUGUAUGUUUGAUAGGCCAUAAAUCAGGCUUUUUGUUCAAGCCGAAUCAGUUUUGAACCCUAAUAGUUACCCCAUAUACCUCAAUAUGUGAAAAUCUCUUGUCACCACCAUCGAUCAGGCCAGUGUCAAUCUCUCUUAAAACCUUUGUCCACAACCUGUGUCCUUUGAGAUUCAUUAUAUUUGACUUGCUGUUCUUGUUGGUAAUCACCAGCACUUGAUGUGACUUUUUGCUUAAAAAAAACAAAAGGAGAAAGAAAGAAAAAGCUGUCUAUUAAAAGAAGAAGUUAUAGUCACUGCAGAAAAAUUUGAGGAAAUAUUUUACGAGGAAAAAGAAAAAUGGAAUAAAAGAAAAAACUCACCUAUGACCCCAAAUCUCUUAAUAUUUGAUGUGUUUCAUCUGGUUUUAUUUAAUCUAUUUUUAUGUAUAUAUACAUACAUUUUUCUGAGCAUAAACUAUAUGUAAAAUCUGAGUAUUGUCUGUAUAAACUAACAUAUACUGAUGCC